AUGGCUUCUUCAAAGACGCCUGCCGUUAUCAGCGCCGGUGUGGUCUUGAUCACCAUUACCACGCUGGCCAUGAGUUCAAGAAUGGCGGCUCGUUGGAUGUACAAAACGAUGGGCUUUGACGAUGUUCUGAUCUCGAUUAGUUGGUUACUGUCCUUGGCGCUCUGCAUUUGCGUUAUGGUUGCCAUGCGAUAUGGGCUCGGCUAUCAUCACGACACCAUCAACCCCGAAGAUUAUAAAAUAUUCCUUAAGAUUCAAAUAGCCUGCUCGGUCACAUAUAGCUGGGGGGUUCAAGCCGCGAAGGCUUCCUUUGCGGUCUUAUACUUGAGGAUUUUCCCUGAGGGUGACUUUAGGAUUGUUAAUAAAGUCUUGCUCGUGUUCGUCUUUUUGCAAGCUAUCGAAGAAACUUGCGUCGUUGUCUUUAGGUGUCACCCCGUACAAAAAUCGUGGGAUCCCCAACUGGAGGGGUCGUGUCUUGAUCUGCAUCCUCUUUGGUACAGUACUUUCGUCUUCAACCUAAUUACCGACCUAAUCCUGUUCAUUGAACCUAUCCCUUCCACAUGGAAGCUUCAACUGCCGACUUCUAAGAAGCUUGGAUUCAUCUCUAUGUUAUCGCUGGGGUUAUUAGUGACCGUGAUUUCCGUCAUACGCAUCGUAUAUGCCACGGGCAUAAGUACAGAUGAUACAUUCGAGCUCGUCAACCCUCUUAUAUGGUCAACGGUCGAAAUCUGCGCGCUUAUUAUAUGCUCAAGCAUACCAUCAGUCAAACAAGUUGCCGUCAAGAUCCCUGUCCUCAACCAUUUGCUUGGCAUAUCAUCUCUUGGAGAGUCGUUCGGACCGUCGAGAAAGAAGAGGAAUUCGAUACCGUUGGAUAGCCGAGGUCACGGAGACUACAUAAAAUCAAAAUCGCAGAAGUCGAGGACGUUAAGCAUACAGAGAUCAAAUCCAUUCGGUAUGACGAGCCACGUGACGGCGGCAGCGGUGGAGGACACAAUCAGUGAAAGUGGUAGCCAGGACGAGAUAUUCCCGAACAAGAUUGACAAAAAUGGGGUGAUUAGGGUAACGACUGAAGUUCAGCAUAACGUUGAAUCAGGUUCGGAUAGUGCGAGGCAUUUCUCUAAUUUGACAUCACAGCAUCGCCAUGAAUUGAAAAGCAUCGUUGAGAGGCAAAGAUCGAAUCAUGCUUCGCCAACGAAAGAGAACAGUUGCGAUAAAAAGUGGUUACGCCGUUCGGGAUAG